UCAAUGCGCUCUCGGUUUAUGUCACGGGUGCGAGGAAUUUCUAGAACGAACUCGUUCCAUGCCACCGGACUUUCAUAGCCAAGCAGCCAUAAUUUAAGUAUACAGUAUCCGUUUUACGACAAAAAAUAGCGUAUUUGCUUUUCCUGUAACGUUGGUACUGAAGUUCUGAUAAAAAAAAAGCUGGUGCGACUCAUCAUGCCUUAUGGCAGCUUUAUCGAUUGCAGAAAUGAACAUGCAGUCCACCAGCGACUGAUUUAACGAGAGCGCUGAGGAGCCGUAGAACGUAAACGCAAUUCAUAUGCUACGUCAUCUGUUGUUGUGGUGGCGGCAGGCCGGUGAAGCGGCGAAUGAGUCAGCAGCAGCAGAAGAACUAGCCUUUCACAAAGGUGGAAGAGGUCUCUCCGGUAAAGAAACCAAAUUGUGUUUUUUAAUCACUGUUAUGGCAGUCCCUGCUGCUGCUAACAUGCAUUUGAGCACAUCAAGUCCAAACAGUUUGGUAAAGUCUCAGGACCUCAACAUCCAUAUUGAAGAAAGAGAAUUGGAAAUCAUAAACAGCGAUGAAAGCCACGGCACAACGCUUCCCUUGCAUUCUCCAUGGACUUUCUGGCUCGACAGAUCCCUACCAGGAACCACAGCAGCAGAAUGUGAAUCAAAUUUGAAAAAAAUCUACACAGUGCAAACUGUCCAGUGCUUUUGGAGAGUGUACAACAACAUACCUGGAGUGGCCAGCCUACCACUGAGAUGCAGCUAUCAUUUAAUGAGAGGAGAGAGAAGACCACUUUGGGAAGAAGAAAGCAAUGCUAAAGGAGGAGUUUGGAAGAUGAAAGUACCCAAAGACAGCACACCAGCUGUGUGGAAAGAGUUACUAUUGGCCACCAUUGGGGAGCAAUUUACAGAUUACUGUGCUUCAGAAGAUGAAGUUGUUGGGGUUAGUGUCAGUGUGCGUGACAGAGAGGAUGUAGUUCAGGUCUGGAAUGGAAAUGCUUCUUUUGCCAAUGAAGCAAACAUCCUAGGAAGAAUUUAUGAACUUCUUCCUCAAAUUUCUUUUAAAGCAGUAUUUUAUAAGCCACACGAGGAGCAUCAUGCUUUUGAAGGAGGUCGCUCAAGACAUUAGUAUUAUUUGCACAUUUGACACUUUAUUUUGAUGUGGUGUUUUAAAAGGAAAGGGGAAUACCUGUUUUCCUAGCCUGAGCACUGAUUUCAAAAAAAAAAAAAUUAUGUUAUACAAUAACUUAGUUUGGUCAGUACAUGGUUGUAUGUGUUUUAUAAAGAGACGUUUUGUGAAACAUCAUGUAAAGCAAGAUUUUUUUACACAUUUUAGGGUCGUUUCUGGUGCACGAAAGAUUAUGCCCUGACAAAGGCAUUUUAUCAGGGCAUUGCCAUUAGUUGUGUCCACCGGUUUAAUGUCCUAGAUAAAGCAGUCUGAUAUAUUGCACAUUGUUUUUGUUUGUUUGUUUUUGUCAUGCUGUUUGUUUGGGUAGGUGGAAAGGCUGUAAAUCUGACAGCUGUUACAAGUUGCUUUUUUAGUAAAGGCAUUUCAGUUAUCCUGAACAUCUUUCUGUUUGUCUUGAGAAAUGUAUAUGCAAAGGUAUCACCUUGACUUUAUUUUGUAAUAUGACUAGGCUAUUGCACAAACAUUCAGUUUUUGUUAAUGAAAUCUUAAGGUCCCUAUUUUUUAUGAGAUAUUUGAAGUUGAAUGAUAUGCCAAUUUACAAAUGAAAGGUACAAAAGGUACGUUUUUUCAGUAAAAAGACAAACGUUUGUCACCUAUAAACAUGUUGUGUAAGCUAAUAAAGUCCUCUGAAUAGUAUAGCAACACAGACAGCUCAGUGCCAGUGGAAUGUCAAUUUCAUUUUUUUUUGAGCAGUCCAUUGUCCUGUCCCAGUCAAUCACUUUCUGCGAAGUGGACCUUUCUCCUUGUCUAAUUUUGUGAAACCACUGUCAAUCAAACUUGAGCUGAAGAAAAGUGUGGAAGUUUAGACAAUAAUUACGAGUGCUGUUAGUCAUUUGAAUACAUUUUAAUAAGGUUACCAUCGCAGCUUUAAGCUGUUGGUUGUUUUACAUGUUUGUUUUUUUUGCAGAUUCGACAGUUUGGAUUCGAAUUGUUUGGUAUUUUGGUAUUUUUGCCAACAGAGUCGUUUUUUGAAAAGCU